UUCACUUCCUACAACUGUGCUGUUGAUCCGAUAUGACAGUGAAGACUUUCAGUUUGUCUCUAACCUUUAAUCCGACCAUGGAGAGACGAACAAACAGGAGAGGAGUUACUGAACAUUUUGUUGGAGGUCGACACCUGAAGCUGGAUGAUCUGAAAGAGGCAGCUCAAGGUUUGGAAACCAGACAAUACCUCUUCAGAGAAAACAUCCCAGCGUACCCACGACCAGAGUUUCAUGUGUCUCAUCUGAAACACGACACAGACCUGGAAGGCUUACUUGGAAUAAAGAGGGACGGGGGCUUCAGGAGCCUGGGACCAGAGUCUCUGCUGUGGUGGAGUCUGGCUGUGAAACCUGAGGAUGUAACGUCCGCUGAGACCAGGCUCCUGGAGGAGACCUACCCAGACCGGACUGAGGAGCAGGUCCAGACUCAGCAGAGCUUCCUGGGGAAGUUCACCACCUCCCCAGCCUUCUUAGAGACCUCCAGACUGGGCUCAUACCGCUUCACCUUCCCUGUGGAGGAGGUGCUGGAGGCGUACAGAGAGCAGUUCUGUGGUGGUGAACCACCUGUCCUGCAGGUGUUUGAGACCGUCCUGUACAAACAGGAAGUGAUGUAUGUCGUCCUGGUCGACCGACCGGCCAAUCAACAGUAUUCUUCACUGAGCGACGACCCGAACGCUGUGUGUGUUUACAGAGAUGGACGCUUCAUCUGGAGGCCUGAGGCCAUCUGUAACGAACACAAUUUUGAGUUGGUCCAGAAACCUGAUGUAAACCAGAUGGAGCUGUUUCCGUGUUCCCGCCAUUUUUACGUUUGGGAUCACGUCGCCAUCGCCCUGCAUGUGGGCAAAGGAAAGGUGCUGAAGUUUCACACCGACCAGCUGAGAGGGAACCUCAAGUUCUGUGAUCCAGGAGAGCCUCAGUUAUCUUAUUUUGAAAGUUUUGCAGACGCUGAGGAGAUUGUUGGAAAUUUGUGGCCUGAAUAUCCUGCACAGCUGGAGAAGCAGAUCUCGCUCCAAGAGAUGUUAUACCCAUGGUGGGAACUGUUGGGUUUCUGUAGAUAAUGUUAUAAAGAGUGACCAGCUUUAUAUGUAGCAAGGACACCCCUCCUUUUCAUCACAAACAGCACUGAAAGACUCUCAGGAUUCACUAAGUGACCUCAUCAAACCAGCUCCUCAGAUGUGCUCAGGACUUUGAUGAAGCCAGAUAAAAGUGGCUUUUUAAAAAGGUAUUUUUCACUAGAAAAUAUUUUAUAAAUGAGAGACAUCACUGAUGAAACACCUGAGCGACGUCCUACUGACUCUCUCUCUCUUUGUGCAAAGUGAAUGAAGGAACGUCACCUUCAACUAAACCUAAGACUGAACUCUUUAUUUCUCACCAGGACCAAGAUCGUCACAAACCUGGGCGUCAUGUUUGAUGACCAGCUUACUUCAAAGUCUCCUGCACUGAAGCUUUAGUAUUGUCCCUCAGGAUAAAAGUGUCUGUCAAAUGACUAAAUAAUCUGGAUUUGUGUUGAAAACACUAAAUGUUGCUUCCGCUAAAUACAUUGUGGUGUCAUCAGCGUACGUGGAGAUAUGAGCCUUUUUAAGACCAAGGGAGGUGAUUAGUAAAAACUAGAAAUCAGCCCAAGAAAACUUCCCUCUGACACUCCAUGUUUAACAUCUGAAUCAUUUCCUUUAAAAUACACAGUUUGCUUUCUAUCACUGAAAUAACCAUUUACCCAUAAUAAUACUGACUGAGAAAAAACAGAACAUUUCAGUUCAACAUGAUCAAUGAUGUCAAAACCACAGAAAAGGCUGCUGAAUAAUUUUCUCUAUGUGCAUGUUUGUUAAUUAGUGAAUAAAUUAUGAUUGGAAAGUGAAUGUGUUCACAUGAAAUUUGUUCCUUUGUCUCACUCAAAAUCAGUGAUAAACUUACAGGUCGACACAGUGAAGAUUUAGCUCCAAGUCCAGGACAAAACACAACCUCACUUCAUGGUGAUGAGAUGAAAAGAAAGAAAAAACAUCAAGUUAUUUUUUAAUCCCAACACUCACAAACUUUGCUUUAAUAGAGGAAACACAUUUUCUGUUACUUUGCAUUUCUGUCUCUUGUUACAUUUUCUUGACUGAAUGUGGAGUCUUUUCUAUUUGAAAGGUGGCCGUUAGAUAGAAAGGCUAAUAUUGGUUUAUUUAGAGCAGAGUUUUUAGAGUAGAUUUGUUAAAUAAUGAUUAAAAAUGUGAAUAUCAUUGAUCUUUAAAACCUGAAACUGGACCUGCCUCAUCAAACUUUAACCAGCGCUAAACUGAAGACUGCAUGAAACCCAAUCUUUAUAUGAAAAUACUGUUCCUGAACACCUUCAGUCAAAGUUGGACAAAAGUACUGUUAGCUUGGCUUAUUAUGAGCUAACAUUAGCCUACAGUUAGCCGUUACUAUAUCGUGAUGCUACAUGAAGAUGAUAAUAAACUAAAAGCAAUACAAAACAUGUCAAUGACAAUGUUACGAUUCAUCAAAACACAAAUAAAACAAGAAACAACUUCAACCUGA